AUGGCACCGAACAAGAUCGUGGUGGUUGGGGCCGGAGUGACAGGGCUAACUACCGCCCUCCUUAUCUCCCGAGAUGCAUCCAAUGAGGUUACCGUGGCUACAAAGCAUAUGCCUGGUGACUACGACAUCGAGUACUGCUCGCCUUGGGCCGGCGCAAAUUACCUACCGGUCGGGCAGCCCGGCAGCGCCCAUGCGGAGUGGGAGAAGAAUACAUGGCCUGUUUUAGCGGAUUUGGCUAGGAAUGACCCGAGUGCUGGUAUUCAUUUUCAGCGACGCAGAAUCCACGACCGGCCAGUGGUUCGCGGAACUAUCAAAAUCGCAGCCGUGGUUCAAGGACGUCGUCCCGGACCUGUCAUCAUCAUGAGAUUCUACGUCCUCCCCAGGGAGGAACUAGGACCCGGCGUCGACGCUGCGAUCUCAUUCACGUCCGUCUGUAUCAACACGGGCAUCUACCUCCCCUGGCUAGUCUCCCAAUGCCUCAAGAACAGCGUCGUAUUCAAGCGCGCUGUCUUCAAGCAUAUUGCCGAUGCAGCAUCCGCGCAUCAUUCGGGUACGAAGGCGGACGUUGUCGUGAACUGCACAGGCCUCUCGUCGCGGAAACUGGGUGGCGUGGAGGAUCUGAAGUUACUACCCGCCCGUGGCCAGAUCGUGGUUGUUAGGAAUGAUCCCGGGAUUAUGACGUCGAUUUCCGGGUCCGAUGAUGGUGACGAUGAGGUUUGCUAUAUUAUGAAUAGGGCUGCCGGCGGCGGCACCAUCCUUGGCGGCACCUAUCAAAAGAACAACUGGGAAUCCCAACCAGACCCUUCCACAGCCGUGCGCAUCAUGAAACGAUGCGUUGAUCUUUGUCCGAAUCUAGUUGGUAAAGAUGCAAACGGCAAACAGCGCGGCAUCGAAGGGCUGGAUAUCAUCCGACACGGAGUUGGUUUGCGGCCGCUGAGGGAAGGAGGGGUGAGGAUGGAAACCGAAACGAUUGGGAAUGUUAUUAUUGUCCAUAACUAUGGCCAUGGCGGGUUUGGAUAUCAGGCUUCGUGGGGGUGUUCGGCUGCCGCUGCGAAGAUGGUUAGGGAAGCGUUGGGGAAGAAGGGGACGGCCAGGGCGAAGUUGUAA